AUGCUCCCCUCAGAAGCCGCUGAGCCCGACGACCCCGUCGCCGUCGACGUGGCGGCAGACGCUCCGGACGUCAAGGUACAGAUCGGCCGCCCCAGCAGGUGGCUUCUGCUUCUCGCCGCCAUCGUCUCGUUGGUGCUCGCC